GUUUAUGUAUACAUAUGUACGCGUCUGUGUAAUGAUGAAAAAAUGUGGCGGUGGGGAGAGGAUUUAUGUAGGUACAGACAUGGUCUUUUAUUUGCACGAUUAUCAAGUUUGAAUACGUAUCCAAUGAUCAUAAUAAAAGUUUGCGUUUUCUUGCUCACUUUCUAAGAAAAUAAAGUGGAAUAAUUAAAUAGAAAAUCUAGAUCCAAAUAUAUAAGGGUUCUUUUCGACAAACAAAACAUGUGGGUAUUUGGUUAUGGAUCUCUUAUAUGGAAAGUUGAUUUUCCUUAUGAAAAAAGAAUCAUUGGCUAUAUUAAGGGGUAUGUGAGACGAUUUUAUCAAAAAAGUACAGAUCACAGAGGAACACCCGAUAAGCCUGGUCGUGUUGUUACAUUGCUUCCAUCUGAGAAUCCAAACGACGAAGUAUGGGGUCUUGCUUAUAAAAUAUCUAUUGAAAAUGUAAAUAACGUCGUUGCACAUUUAGACUUCAGAGAAAAAGGUGGCUACGAAAGGAAUAUCGUCCUCUUUCAUCCUUAUGCUAGUCUUAACGACAUUGAUAAGAAACCUUCUUGUACUUCCUUAGAUAGCAUUGUAAAUAUAAAUAAUACAAUGGUGGUACCGGUUACAGAAAAGGAUCCAUUUUAUCUAACAAUUUACAUAGGAAGCAAAGAUAAUCCUAAUUAUGCAGGUGUUGAAGAUAUAGAGACAAUAGCAAAAUACAUAUUUACAGCACAUGGUCCUAGUGGAUCUAACAGAGAAUAUCUUUAUAAAUUGGCAACUGUAGUACGUACAUUAAUUCCUAAUGCGAAUGAUGAAUAUUUGUUUUUGUUAGAAAAAGCUGUGAAAAAUUUAGAAAAAGAUUCGGAAAAAGAAAUAAUUGAGUAAAGUGAAUAUACAUAUAGGACACUUAUUUAUAAUAUAUAGAAUUUAUUUAAUUCUAUGAUAAAAAGUAUACGAUAAAAUGAUUUGAAAUAAUAAUUUCAAGAAUGAAACUUUUCAAUUUUUUGAUUUAUUAUCAAAGAAAAAAAAGAAAUAUUCCUGUAUAUUAUUUCACAUAAAACGUAUAUUGAUAGUAUUAAACUAUAUCUAUUAUAUGAUACAUACAAUGUUUGAAAACAUAA